UCAAGAGCAAAAAGAAACUGAAGCUAUGUAGAAGGAGGGGGGAGAAAAGUUAAGGCUGUGCGUGCGUAUGACUGCGCGUCUGUGUAUGUGUGCCUGUUGGUGUGUGAGUGUGUGUGUGCGUCUGUGUCUGUGUGGGAAUGAUUACAUCAGCUUGAGCUAGCUCUAUGAUUGGUUAGGGAAGUGUGGUUUGAUUCACUACCUAAAAGCCUGUGGCUGUAACCCUUUGUGAGGGGAACAGAGGCAAGUUGUCUGCCAAGCUGGAAACAGUGCCAUCUGCAAGCUCUGUCCUGCGCCAAAGCUAGACAGAGAGAGAACGAGAAGGAGGGAGAUUGUGACAGGUAGGAUACGCUGAGCCACUGACAGGAAGAAGCAUCUGCGAAGCAUCGGAACUGCUUUUUUUUUCCUUUUUGGGGGGGUGUUUUUUCUCUCUUGUGGAGUUGUGGAGACAUUCGGGGAGCGGGUUUGUCUCUCACUGUGUGGAGGAGGACAGAGGCUGCUGGGGAAAAUGCCAUCGUGUUCUCCUGACUGUUGCCUGCUCAGGCCCGGGGAGAUCAUAAAAAUCUUCAAUGAGGACGGGAUGGGAAAGGUGGUGGAGAUCCCAGCCAACAUGACUGCACGAGACCUGUGCCAGUUUCUCGUCUAUAAAAACCAUUGUGUGGACGAUAACAGUUGGGCGCUUGUGGAGCAUCAUCCAUCCCUGGGACUCGAACGAUGUUUAGAAGACCAUGAACUGGUUGUCCAAGUUCAGACGUCAAUGACCAGUGAAAGUAAAUUUCUCUUCAGGAAGAACUAUGCCAAAUAUGAAUUCUUUAAAAAUCCUUUGAACUUCUUCCCAGAGCAAAUGGUUGCCUGGUGUCAGGAGGCCAAUGGGACCAUCCCCCCUUCUCAGCUUCUGCAGAACUUCUUAAACUCCAGCAGUUGUCCUGAGAUCCAGGGAUAUCUGUAUGUGAAAGAGAUGGGCAGGAAAUCAUGGAAGAAACUGUAUGUGUUUUUAAGACGGUCAGGAUUGUACUUCUCAACGAAAGGAACAUCAAAGGAGCCAAGGCAUUUACAGCUACUAGCAGACCUGGAUGACAGCAAUGUCUUUACAGUAAUAACAGGGAGAAAGCUUCACAAUGCACCAACUGACUUUGAAUUCUGCAUAAAACCUAACAAAGUACGGAAUGAAGUGAAAGAACUGAGGAUGUUGUGUGCAGAGGAUGAGCAGAGCAGAACUUGUUGGAUGACGGCCUACAGACUCUUUAAGUAUGGAAUUUUACUCUAUCAAAAUUACAAGAUCCCCCAGCAGCGAAAAACGUUGCUUUCACACUUCUCAGCGCCUGUGAGGAGUGUCUCAGAGAACUCUCUGGUUGCCAUGGAUUUCUCAGGGAGGAUAGGCAGAGUGAUUGACAAUCCCGUGGAGGCUCAGAGUGCUGCCAUGGAGGAGGGACAUGCCUGGAGAAAGAGAAAAGAAAAAAAGAGUCCGCGUAUGAAUGUCCUAGGAAGCCCCAGCCCGUUACACCCCUCAUCAUUAAGUGGAGUUAUCCACAGAACUCAGCUGUGGUUUCAUGGUCGUAUUUCACGGGAGGAGUCCCACAAGAUGAUCCAUCAGCAGGGCAGAGUGGAUGGAAUGUUUCUCUUGAGGGACAGCCAGAGCAAUCCCAAGGCGUUUGUACUUACACUGUGUCACCACCAGAAAAUUAAACAUUUCCAGAUUUUACCGUGUGAAGAAGACGGUCAAAUGUUUUUGAGCCUCGACGAUGGCGCCACCAAAUUCAAGGACCUGAUCCAGUUGGUGGAGUUCUACACGCUGAACAGAGGAGUUCUGCCGUGCAAACUUAAACACCCUUGCACCACUGUGGCCUUAUGACCUCCAUAUGCCUGAUUCCGCCUAAAGACACUAAAACAUUAAGACGGUGUGUGCUAUGGUGUAAUGCUGUGCUGCUGGGUUGGAGAAAAGCACACUGCGAGAGCCCCUCUCUAUCAAGAAGAGAGAAAAUCAAAACAACAAACAGGACCAGCAAUAAAUAUAGGAAUUUAAGCUUGCGUGUUAGCGCUGAUGAACCUCUUAGCCACCUGCACACUCGACCGUGGCCAGAGCAGGUUCUCAGGACAAUCAACAAUCAUCCGGAGGGAGUUUUUAGGAUCCGCGGUCUGAGAUAGUGGUUUGGGAAGACCAGCAGAACACUCUUAGAACCCAUAUUCCAUUUAAUUUUGCACUCAUGAAACAGGAACAACCAAGCUAUAGCAAUUGUUGCUUUCAUAAAUUAAGCAGGUUUGAUUCUACAAUGUCCUGUGAGUAGACAGCCGAUUGGUGGUUUCAGUACUGUGAAAAGACUUUUCCGUUAAAAUUGUGUUUUCUAUCCUUUUCAUCUGUAAUCAUUAGAAUAUUUAGAUAUCCCGUUUUUUUUUUUGUUGUUUUUUUAUGUGCUCAUCGUCUUGAGCACAGAACUCUCAUGCAUUAAUGCAUUUGGCCUUUUUUUCCCCAUGUUAUAGUUCUUCCCCAUCACAAAACAUAACCUGCAGCACUCUCUACUGGCCAUACCAAGAAGUAAAGUGUCACUCCUUAAAGGAAUAGUUAACCUCAUAAAAUUAAAUAAGGUUAUUUACUCACCCUACUGUUUUACCAAAACCAUAUGACUGUCUUUUUCCGUAAAAUGGACAAAUUUGUAUUUGCCAUAUUAAUUCUACCGCGACUGUCAGUUUACAAAAACGACAAAAAACAUCAUGAAGGUAUUAAAUACGACUCAUCUACUACAUAUCAAGUCUUUUGAAGCCAUGCGACAUUGUCAUAUUCAAGACCAGCCAUUUACGUUCAGGCCAAGACUUAUAUGAGUAUAUUGAGUCAAGAUCAAGACCUGAAGAGGGUCGAGACUAAGUCAAGGUCGAGUCCAAAUGCUCCUAAGACCAAGACCAUGAAGAUAUUCAUCUGGUUAUGAUUCUGACAUCCUCUGGCCAAACUUGAGUCUAGCCUAUAUUCGCUUCCUGAGUAAAACAAAAAAAAGUUGGUGAUAAUGAUUCUUCUGCUUCAAAACAAAAAACAAAUCAACGAAAAUGAGUUUGUGAAGGACAUAAAGGUUGCUUUCAACUAUUCCUUCAACAUGAGUAAACAUGGCCUGACAUCACCACCACGUCCUUUAGGAACGGUGCCUUGAUUUCGAAGAGGAGUCUGUUCAAUGAAAAAUAACCACUAAACCCUCAGCUGGGAACUUUGCUGUGGGUCGCAGUCUAUCAGGAGCUAGAUCAACAAACUGGAAUCUUUAUAACUGCUGUCAUCGUCGGUCCCAACUCCAGUCCGGUUUGUUGUUAUUUUUCUCUCCAUGUUCGAAAGAUUGUUUCGAGGACAGCACACUGUGAAGCCUGGGCUAAGAACACCCACAGAACGGCGGCGUUCAAAUUUCUAAUUUGCCUUUUCCAUGGAAUAACGGAUGUGUAAAGAAUUUUUUUUUUUUGUACUUGUGACGCAAUGUAAAGAAAGAGCCUUGAAUUUAGUAUGUACCUAUAUUGUAUUAAACUAGAUUGAGAGGGCAUAGCCACCAUGUCUCCAAGUUCACACAGAGACCAUUAUAUAGAUAAACGCAAACGACGCAAUCAUUUUUAAGUAUUGCUUCAAAAAAAUGUAUUUAUUCAUCUGGAUUUGAUUACUUGAAAUUUAGUUUCAUAGUUUGUUUGUUUUUUUCUCAGCGCUGUUCGAUGCUAUUCUUCCACAUUUUUGUGAAUUUUCAGACCUCAGUUAACAGGACCCCCUUUCUUGAAACUUUUAACACUAAUUCUUCAUCAGUAUCCAACACCAUCUUAAAGUAGACAUGAAGUACAUGAAGUCUGUUCAGUGGGUUGUACAGUUGUGUAUCUUGCUUUCGAUUGUUGAUCUUGAAAA